CGCUAAGUAACCCCACUUUACAAGAUCGGGUGCGGCCUUUCUCUUAGGUCUAUAAAGGCACGAGAAAACGACAUUAAUAAGACAUUCUUUUAACACUCGUACUUGAUAUAUUCAUCAUGAAAAUUCUUAUAUUUAUAGGGUUUUGCAUUUUUUUACUUAAUGAAAAAUGUAUAGCAUCAAAACUUGAAGAAAAAGCAAAAGAUGAUGAUAAACUUGUACUUUUGGAAAUCGAUCUCAAAGAACCAGUUAAACGAUCACCUAUAACUACCAGCAAUGUUUAUGGUGGAGCUCAGAACCAAUUUAUUAUCCGCCAUGGUGAUGAUGCACAAGAAUUAUCCCCAGAAUACCUGGCUCUAAUUGAACAAUACACCCAGGCCCAACCUCAAGCCUACGAUGCACCAGCUAAACACGAAAAUGAACAACCAAGACAAUUGUUAGCUUACGCUAGACAACAACCUCAACAAGCCUAUCAUCGACCAAGAUUACCAGUCGCCCGACCACAUUUAGCACUACACCAGCAAGUCCAAGCUGAAGCACAACAUGAGGUUCAACCCCAACCACAAUUACAUGCUAGCGAAGCAUCGCAAAGAGAAUAUCAAUCUCCUGUUGCCUAUGCAGAACCAAAACGAGGUACUUUCGAGCAUGAACUUUUGCAAUUAGUUUCUGCCAAUCAAGCUCAAGAGUUUGGACUUAUUCAUGAGCAAAAGAAACCACAGAAACAAUACGCCUAUCCGCAAUAUGCUCAACAGAUCUUGGCAAGUGUAUCUGAUUACACAAAAUCCUCUAACGCAUUACCUCAGAAUUCUCCUGAUCACCAACAAUAUCAUAUUGAAACUUCAGCACCAAGAUACCAACCUCAACCUGAGGCAGCUUAUGUAUACGAACAUCGUCCAAAAAUUGUCAAACCUCAACCAACUCAACCACCUCCUCAACCACAAUAUCAACAACCACGACAAUACGUAACUCCCUCUCACUAUAAUAAUCCAAACAUUCAUCAAGUAGGAGAUCAUCAAGAAAGUGAAGCUAUUGCACAAGCACAAGCUCAAGCAGAAGCUCAAGCUUUAGCUUUCCAAAAAAUAUCCCAAGCUUCACAUCUCAAACAUCAGCAAGCUGCUCUCGAACAAAUACGAAUUGUUAAUGAACGUCAUAGACAACAAACUGCUUUAGAACAAAUCAAUCAAGGUCGAGUAAGUGAAGCGGGAAAAGAACAUAUUGAAGAACAAGUGAGACCAAAAAACCCUGAAGCAAAAUACAGAGCUAGACUAAAGGCACAAAUUGCUGCUGAAACUGCUGAAGCUCGUAAACAUCAAGAAGCUGCAGAAUACAAAGCUCAUGCUGAUGCUAUCUUAGCACUUCAACGACAACAACAAGCUCAUCUUCAGGCUCAAGAAGAUGCAUACAACUUUGCUCUCAAUUUUGAGAAAAAUCAACAAAAAGCACAAGAAGAAGCACAAGCUUUAGCUAAUGCUCAAGCCGAAGCUUUAUAUAAAGCCCAUCAAUCAGCUCGUCUGAAGGCCCAGAAAGAAGCCGUACUUGCUGCUCGUGCUCAAGAAGAUGCUAGAAAACGUGAUCCUGAACAUACACCUGUCAUUCAAUAUCUUUUACCUAGUGGUACUCCACUGCCAGAGCCUAGCCUUGUAACUAGCCAAGUACAACAAAAGUAUUACGCUGAUGCUGAAUCCGCUCCAAAAGCACAAUUGAAACUUCUCAAGAAGAAACCUUAUAAACCAGUGCUCAUUGAUGAGUCUGCAGAUCAAGAACAUGUUCGUGGACCACAAUUAAUUAAAAUUGCAGGAGUUUCUGAUUAUAGAGGUCAACAACCAGCUGCAGUAAGAAAUCCAGGCCCAGGUAGAUAUUAUGGAAAGAAAGACACAGCUUUAGAUAGAUCUGGAUAUGUUAUAUAUGACAACCCAUGGCUAUAUCAAAAUGCAGAAGCAAAACAAUAAUUUUUAUAACAAAAUACAAUAAGACAAUCAUCGGCAGUAGAUUUAUUUAAUUUUUAUAAAUUUGAAUAUCUUAUGCUUAUUUCAUUAAUGAUAUUUUAUUUUUAAAUGUAAAUAUUAAGGCAUCAUUUUGAAGACAAAAUUGUCAAUCAUUGAUAUUACCUUUUCGUACAUUGAAUUUUUUGAUAUAAAAUUAUAGACAGUACACUUGAAUUGACUAAUUGUUUAUAAACUUUUCUACUAAUAUGCUUAAGGUUGAUAGAAGUUUUUAUUCGUAUGAUGUCAAUCAAGGUAUUGCUGAUUUUUAUUCUACACUGCCGUUAUUUUGUAAUUAGCUAUUUUAUAUUCUAAUUCAUCUAAUGUAACAUUUUAUGUGAAAUAGUAAUUGAUUUACUAUCGAAUUAUAAUUUAUUUAUUGUUUGCCAUGAAUAAAUUUUUUUGUUAUGUA